AGAAUCAGUUUAAUAUUCAAUGCGAUAAUCUUUUGUUUUUCCAUGAAAAUAUAUACAUUUUUAUUCUUCCAUUGUAGUUAUCUAACAAUGUGUAGAAGAUGAACAAUCAUAAUCACGGAGGUAAUUACAAUGGCUAUGCCUACUCUAGAGCCAAGUCAGAGCCCGACGUCGAUUUGAAUUACCAGAGUAUGAUUGUGACGAAUUGCAUUGAUAUUCCAACGACGUCAACUCCGGAAGAAGGUCAUAUCAAUAAGAAAUUACCAAAAGAAUUAUUGUUGAGAAUAUUUUCUUUCCUUGAUGUUGUGGCACUAUGCAGAUGUGCACAAGUAUCAAAGUAUUGGAAUAUGUUGGCUUUAGAUGGAAGCAACUGGCAGAGAGUGGAUUUAUUUAAUUUUCAAGUAGCAAUCGAAGGUCGAAUUGUGGAGCACAUAGCUCAUCGAUGUGGUGGAUUUUUAAAAUCCCUUGGUUUAUGUGGUUGCAAACAUGUAACAGAUGCAGCUUUGGUAACUAGUAGACAUCUUGGCCAGUACUGCGUUCGUUUGGCCAAUCUAAAUCUUGAAUCCUGUAUUGAAAUAACAAAUCAAUCCCUAAUCUCAAUAGGAACUGGUUGUCCUCAUUUGAUACACCUUAACAUAUCCUGGUGUGUCAAUAUCACAGAUGAAGGAUUACAUUCGAUUGGACAAGGAUGCAAAGACCUAGCACAUGUUUUAGCAAAAGGUUGUACAAAUGUAACCGAUGAAGGAAUUGAAAAGCUAUCACGGGGCUGCAAAAAUUUACAACUAAUUAACUUGAGAAACUGCCGGAUUACUGAUGUUGCUAUUGAGCAUAUCAGUACCUAUUGCCGACAGUUAAAAACUUUAUGUGUAUCUGGUUGUUCGCAAUUAACAGACGCUACUUUGGUAAGACUAGGAGAAGGAUGUCAUGACUUGAAGACACUAGAAGUUGCAGAGUGUACACACUUUACAGACAACGGCUUUCAAGCUCUAGCUAGAAAUUGCCAUAACUUAGAAAGAAUGGACCUUGAAGAAUGCAAUCAAAUAACUGACGCAACUUUAGCUCAGUUAGCAAUGCAAUGUCCAAUGCUAUCUCAGAUAAGUUUAUCUCAUUGUGAACUGAUUACUGACGAAGGAAUUCGGCAUCUGGGAAGCGGACCGUGUGCCACUGAGAAUUUAAGUGUUCUAGAACUAGAUAACUGUCCUUUAAUUACUGAUGCUAGUUUAGAUCACUUAAACGCUUGCCAAGGUUUAAAGCGAAUUGAGCUAUAUGAUUGUCAGCUGAUAACAAGAGCUGGAAUAAGAAGGCUUAAGGUUAGUUAA